UCAGAUUUCCCUGUUGUCAUCUGUGAAUUUGGUCUGCGCGAUCGAUAACACGAAUUGGCUAUUCGAAGUUACAGAGGUUGAAUACUUAUUGAGCCGUGUAUGGAUAGAUAGUUAACGUCGGUGCUUCAAGUAGCAUAAUUUUCAUUGUAAAGUGGCGAAAUGGAUACGAGCGGGGCGUACGGCGGCGGCAAGGCUGGGGGAGCCUUCGAUCCCCAGCAAUUCAUCCAGAGACCUCCCGUGAUCGUGAGGGCGGUCUGUUGGCUAUUCAGCGUGAUCGUAAUGGGCUGCAUAUCAGCUAAAGGCUGGCGCACAGCAGACGACGGCAAAGAAUACUGCGUGUACAACAACGACACGAAUGCCUGCAACUAUGGCGUCGGCAUCUCCGUCAUCGCUUUCGUAGCCUCCAUAGGUUUCAUCGCGGGAGAAUACCUCUUUGAACAAAUGUCAUCUGUCAAAACUAGGAAGCAUUACGUACUGGCUGAUAUGGGAUUCUCUGCAUUCUGGGCGUUCCUGUACUUCGUGGGUUUCUGCUACCUGUCUAACGCGUGGGGCAAGACUGACAACCCUCCCGUGGGCACAGCUAACAACAUGCAGGGCGCCAUCGCUUUCUGCUUCUUCUCCAUCUUUGCUUGGGUGGCGUGCGCAUUCUUCGCGUUCCAGCGGUUCCGUGUAGGCGCCGACGCGGCGUUCGCGCCGGCGUACGAGGUGGAGGGCGCAGUCGGCAGCCCCGGCGCCUUCCCCGCCUACCCCGCCGCGCCCGACCCCGAGCCCGCCUACAGCGAGCCGCCCUUCUCGCAGAACCAUGGCACAGGAAACAUCGACUACACAGCCCCAACUUACUAAGCUGUUUCGCGGCAUCGGAAUGGUUGAUUUUAUCAAGUUUUAUUUGCAAGCUAACGUCACGACUGGGAGUACGUAAUAAUGAUUAUUACUACUCGGAUCACACCUACAAUACAAUUGCUACCGAAAAUCGACUAAAUAUAUCCUUCAAACGAUUCAGACCAGUCGAUUUAAAUCGAUAAAAACCAUAGUGUUACCAACCAAAAAACCAAAGAUCUACCAAACAAAUCCGAACAUACAAAAAGUAUGUAAAAACUUAAUUGAUUAUUAUUAAUUGUUGAGUGAUAGCUAAUCAUGUCCAUUUAUUUUAGUGAAGCUUAUUUUUUUAUUUAUUUACUAAGUGUAGCCAUAAUCAGUCAUUACAUUAAAAUUAUACCAAAGUUCAUGUACAUUGUAAUCAGAUGAUAUAUACAUAAAUAUUAUAUAUAUUCAAGUAUAUGAAAACGUGUAUCGCUUCACAGUACCUGCUUGUAGGUAUAUUCGACAAUAUUCACGUAUAUAAUGUAAUAUAACAUCAUAUAUUAUAUGUAAAUAACAAUGUAUUCUAAACAGAUAUUAAAAUACUAUACAUAUUGUAGAUGGGUCUCAGACGACUAUGUAAAAACAAGGCUACAUAUGUUAUUUCUAAAUUCUGAAUAGCUGAAUAAUGCCCCUUUAAUGUUUCAAAUGAAUAAAAAAGUUGCUUACAUACAAAGUGCUGCCAUCUAGUCGUUUGAGAUCGCAAACCCCCUUUAUAUGAUAUUUAUUUUUAAAUUACUUCUCCACUAUCAUCGUGCCAUGUCUUUGAGCUAUAUUGAAAGUUUAUUUUUUUAAUAGAAAUGUUAUUUUGUCCUAAUCAGAAUGUUUCAAAAUCAUACCUCAUUUUAGCUAUGUCGUAUAGGAUAAUACAAUAUUAUGAUGUAUUUAAGAGCAAACCCUGAAGACAGAGUGGUUGCUUAGGAAAAUAGGUAAACAAAUAUAAUAUUAUGUAUAACUUCUCUAGAAAUCCUGCAAUUUUCACAGUCAGUGCUUUUGAUCAUAAAUCGAACCCAUGAAAAAUAAAACUGUAUUUUGACGUGACAACGUCUUAUAAAUCGAUGAAGCCGGCUGCACGCACGAAAAAACAUGACUCAUGCGGCGUUACCACGCUCUGAGGCGUUCCGUUUAAGGCUUGAAGUGCAAGCGAGAGCACGCAACGAGCGACAAAGAGGCACGAUCGGCCUCCGCUUUCGGCAGCGUUCGACAUCUGACGAUCAAUUUCUUAUGACGUUGUCACGUUCGACUAUCGUCAGUAAACCAACUUUACAGACAACCGUUUUUUCAUUUAAAUUACAAUACUUCAUGUUGAAUUAUUUAUCAAAGUAACCACUCUGUUUAAUGUACAAUAUAACCCGUAACCAAGCUUGAAUAUAAUAAUAUAUUGAAAAAAAAAUCUUAAAACUAGGACGAAAUAUUAAUUACAUUAGUUAAUAUUUACUCGUAAACAGCAUAUCGUCAUUAUUUAAUUUUAUAUGUAACGCGUUACUGCAACACUACGCGAAACAUGUUGUCUGUAACAUGUUGCGUCACAUAAUGUUGUUUCUUGUUCGGUACAUGUAUUGUUACUAUUUAGAUAUUAAAUGCUUCUGAAGUGCGUAGUUUUAGUCAACCUUGGGAUAUGUCUUGGCAGAUAUUGGAAAAAGAAAUCACUUAAUAAAACUUAUUAAAUGUUUUUGUCUCCAGUGCGAACUACUGUUGUAUGGGCCUGUUGUGCCCAGAUUGUGUGCUAUUUUACCUGAUUGCUAUGAAAAUAUUUUCUUCAGAAACCUAACAUCACACUUUGGGUGUGCUAUGGGUACCUCGAAUAUCUACAAUGACAUAGUCUAAGAAAUUGUAAACUUUAAUCUCAAUAACUCCUAAGAAGUGUUAGGGUCAAUUCCCACUGAAAGAGCAGCGGCCGGCAGCGGCCGUAAGAGCACGGACAAUGUAAGAGCGCGGCCCGCCGCGCUCGCGCUCAAUCACUUGCAUUUAAGGCCGCUGCUCUUUCAGUGGGGAUUGACCCUUACAGUCUCGUCUAAGAUAGUGUAUAUUUGUCUCUCAAUACCCACAAAAUGUACCUUAUGGAUCUAAUACAUUCAGUAUUAAUAAAUAGUUAAAUAUUAUAUCUAUGACUAAGCGCUUUACCCAAAUCAUAGUAUUUUUUUAAUAUAAAAAAAUAUAUUCUAGGUAAUGCUCUUAUUAGAAUACUUACAUUUAAUUUCUGGGCACAUUUUUAUUAUUACUCUCGCGUAGUUUUAUUAGUCUUACUGUAAUAAGCUGUCGAUGUAAUUUGAGCUCUAUUGAAGUGCUGUUAAGGUCUAAAAUUGAGUACAAAACAGUUGACCCCAGGGUAAAUAAUUGAAAUGUGUCCUAUUAGGACUUGGAAAAGUCGGCUUGCUGAUAGUUUGAUGUUUAAUGGAAAAGUUAUAAGUGUGUUUGUUGUACUCACUAUGUAUAGGAAAGUACAUUCUGUGUAUAAAUAAUAUAUAUGUUAGUUGGACAAAAUAAAUGUUAACUCCUUACAAAACUGACAUCUUGAAAAAUAUAUAUCAAAAUAUUUUUCUGUUUAACGUGUGUUUAUAUCGUGCGAAAACUAAUUUCGCAUUCUAAUCAUAGGAUAUAUAACGUGUGCAAUAAUGGUUCUAAACUUCAUUAUUUCAAGUAUAUAAAUGAAUAUUACCUAACUGUAUAAAUAGCGUGAUAUUUAUGAGUGUUGGCUUAAAUCGUCAGCAAGCCUGUAGAUGUCUUUAUCACUUCCAUAGCUUGCACUAUUGUUUAUAAAAUCUUAGCAAUAAUAAGUAUUCAGAUGCAUUCAUUACUCAAAAAUGUAUUUAUUCACGGUUAAUGUUGCCAGCACAUCGAUUUUUUAAGCUUGCAAGCUUUACUGAGUAAAGAGUACAUCUGAAUUGUGUGAAAUUCAUAUCAGUCUUAUGUGUUAGGGGCAUCGUCGUAAUAUAUAUAAUAAAAAUCAUUUCGAUGAAAGUACUCAUUAUAUAUUUAGGUAAAUAUUUAAAUGAUGCAAUGAUAAAUCGAAUCGUUUUUCUGCAUAUAGGUACCAACAAAUCCUAAAAUUGCCUACAUUCCAUUGCAAUCUCUAUAACUUAUCGUAUAUUUUUUUAAACUUAUAGGUACCUACGUUUAUUUGAUACCCUAUUGAAUACCCUUCAGAGAUAAAUAUUUUGACAUGGUAUCAGAAUUCGUCCUUACCAUCCUGAUGCUGGUAGACGAGGAAACUCAAGUCCAGUAGAACUCAUAACGAAGAAAAUAAAUAUUAACGGUUUUCUCAGAUUUAAAAUUGAUAUCAUUCUGUAAAUUAUUGUCACCUUACAACAUUUUUUUUCAUAUGCCCUUCAUGCACAUGAUUGAUAAAAAGUAAAUCUAACGAAGAUUAAACUAUUGUUACUUUGUUUUCGUGAUCACUAAAAUGUAAACAUUGAUCUGUACACUAUAUUAUGUAGUUAUUAUUAGCCGUAGACAUGUACCUUGUAUGUUGGUUAGUAUGUUCUGACGAUAAUAAAAAAAAUCUAAUAAACAGUAAAAAAAUAUUGUAAUAAGUGUUGAGUAUUUUAAUGCUAAAGUCGUUCAGUGUUCGGUAAAUACCUACCUACUUAAUGUUAAGACGAGUGUAUAAAAACUUAAAAGAGGUUUUAUUUAAUUCCUA